AUGGCCUAUCAGAGGGAAAUCGAGAUGCAGGCCUUUCCUCCGCCAUCGCCAAAAACAUUACCAAUACCAGAACCCUCAUCAAAUAAUAUCGGCCCAGACUCAACUUCUCCGGGCGCGUUGCACCGUCUCCUGACAAGUUUCACGCGUGCCCCGCCGCCGAGCCGUUCUGAAGAUGAGUACUCACUCAGCAGCUACAACACGGCGUACGCAACAAAUGGGAGGCUAUUCAAUAUGAGUAAAGCCAACUACAAUUCUGCCAAUACCGCCCUCGCCCGUGAGCUCAAAAAUCGACAUCUUCAAAUGAUCGCGUUUGGAGGGUCUAUCGGCACCGGCCUUUUUGUCGCCAGCGGAGUGGCGUUAUUUCGGGGAGGACCGGCUUCGCUACUUAUUGCCUUUGUGACAAUGGGCACAAUGCAGUUUUUUACCAUGCAAGCUCUUGGAGAAUUGAGUGUCGCGUUUCCGGUUGGAGGGUCUUUUUCAAAUUACUCAACAAGAUUUCUGGAUCCGUCUUGGGGUUACACAUUACAAUAUCUCAUAGUUUUACCACUUGAGAUUAUCGCCGGUGCAUUCACGACAAAUUACUGGAACCCAGAUGCCAGCAAGUCAAUAUUUAUUAUCCUUUUCUUUUUUCUCAUUCUCGGCAUCAAUUUACUCGGCGUGAAAGGCUAUGGAGAAGCCGAGUUUAUCUUUUCUGCCGUCAAGAUCACCGCCGUUAUGGGCUUCAUUCUCCUCGGUAUAAUUAUCAACAUAGCAGGUGAACCAGAUGGCGGCUACAUUGGCUUCAGUCACUGGCAGAAUCCGGGCGCCUUCAACAAUGGCUUUAAAGGAUUCGCCAGUGUCCUCGUUACUGCAACCUUCUCCUUUGCCGGCACAGAAAUGGUCGGUCUCGCCGCCGCCGAAACAAGCAACCCGAAAAAGUCUCUUCCAGCAGCCGUAAAACAGGUCUUUUGGCGCAUAUCCCUCUUCUACAUCCUCUCCAUUCUUCUUAUCGGCCUGCUCGUCCCAUAUAAUGAACCUCGACUAUUGGGUGCCAAGUACGGAUCAGAUGCGGCAGCCAGUCCCUUCGUCAUCGCCAUCGAGAUGAGCGGCUCGGAUAUUUUGCCAGAUAUUAUGAACGCUGUUAUUCUUAUCAGUCUGAUAUCGGUUGGAAACACGGCUGUGUAUGCUUCAUCACGGACAAUUGCCGCGUUGGCGGAGCAGUCGUUAGCACCCAAGGUCUUUGCCUAUAUCGACCGAACUGGAAGACCACUUAUUGCGAUUAUUUGCUGCGGAACGGUAGGUCUACUUGCUUUCGUCGCCAACUCCAAAAUCCACAACGAAAUCUUCAACUGGCUUCUCGCCAUCAGCGGGUUAAGUACCUUGUUCACCUGGGCGUCCAUAUGUGUCUGUCACAUCCGCUUCCGAAAAGCAUGGCAACUCUCAGGCUACAAGCUAUCCCAGCUGGCAUUCAAAUCACAAGUCGGCGUUUGGGGCUCAUGGGUGGCUCUAUUCGCUUACACCACUGUAUUAUUCCUCCAAUUCUGGGUGGCCAUAUCGCCCAUCCAACCUACGGACCAAGCGCCUUUCACAACGCCUGAACGCAUCAAGAAUUUCUUCUUGCAGAUUCUGACAGUGCCUGUUAUUUUGGUCUUUUACAUUGUACAUAAAAUCUGGAUGGGGACAAAAGUUGUUCGAGGUCAAGACAUAGAUAUUCACACAGGUCGUAGAUACCUGCAGGUAUGGAAUGAAGAGGAGGAACAGGCACGGAAAGCAUGGCCUCUGUGGAAGAGAGUGUACAAUCAUAUGUGUUAA